AGAACUCAACACAACACCCGCUCUGCUCUGCUUUCCUUCCUCCUCCGGAUCCCAGGGUGUGGCGGCCGGCGAGCGGUUGCCGCGGCGGUCUCCCAGGGUUUAGGGCGCGUGUCUCCCUCCCCUCCGGGACAUUCUGUCGCCGCUGCCCUUCCGCUCGGCUAGUACCUGCGACGGCGACUCCGUUCUUCGGCGAGAUCCACAGGGUAUUUAGAUGGCCUAGCAUGAUACGUAUUUGUCUAGUACCUCCGGGCAGAUCAACCCACCGGGAAUUCUGCUCCCCUGCUCUCUGAUGGACAAGCCAAACAGUCAAGAAUGUGCUGUAAGAAACAAAAACGAUGCUUCCAGUUCCAAGAGGAUUGUGGGAUCGAAGGUGGCCAUGGAGCUUCACCUUCUAUCCACUGACAUCUUGCGCUACAUCUUCUCACGGCUAUCGCUCAAACAGGCCGUGAGGAUGAGUGUACUAUCUCGUGAGUGGAGGCGGCUAGGGAUAUGCCACCCGGACCUGGUGUUCACCGAAAACACCUUAUUUGGCAGCGAUACAACCACAAGUACUGACCAGGAAUCCAUGACAGCUGAAUUCAUCACUAGAGUGGACAAUGUGUUGCACCCGCUGUGGUCUACUUCCACCAUGACAACUACUACGGUCGAUAGGUUUGUUAUCAAAUUUGGUCUCGGCAGACAUCAAAUGCAUCACAUUGAUAGAUGGAUUAACUUCUGCACCGCGUCGAUGGCCAAGCACAUUGGCCUUGAUCUCAGGGGACGGAACGGCUUUGAACAUCCCGAGUACAUUGUCCCGCUGUGCAAACUCAGUGGCCAAAAUGGCUCUUGUGUCAAGUCUCUUCAUAUGGCUGAUGUCUGUUUAAAGCCGCCCCCUAGAUUCUGUGGUAUAACAAACCUGAAGAAACUGAGCCUACAUAGGGUGUCCAUGGAUGCAGGCGACCUCCAAUGUUUGUUGCUAAGUUGUGCUCGUCUCGAGAGUUUAAGCUUGGAUUUCUGCCCCUUGUUAAGUUUUACUAUGCAUCAGCAGCUUUGCCGGUUGAAGUACCUGAGUGUGCGCGAGUGUGCGGUGGGAAUGAUACAGUUGCAGGCUCCAAACCUGACCACAUUUGAGUUCGAUGACUGUCUAACACAAAUUGUUCUCAAUGAAUCUUCAAAGUUGUCAGAAGCAACCUUUGUGUUCAAGAGCAGUUCAUACAACUGGUGUGUGGAUGCCUUCGACUAUAUCUUGACUGAGCUCCCAACUUCUAUUCCUUAUGUGCAUAAACUUCUGCUACAUUUGGUUAUUGGAUAUCAGGUGCAAAAUUUCAGUAAAAGCAACACCACUUUCAUCAAUCUGUGGCAUCUAAACCUGAAUAUCGAUAUCACAUACAAUCAACUCGAUGCUGACUGGGUUACGGGUUUGGUUUAUCUCUUGGAGUUAGCACCUCUCUUAGAAGAACUGGAACUGCAUAUUGAGUGUGAUAGAUCUAGUGAUGCUGUUCCUGCAAGGAUAGUGAAGGCAGCUCCAGGGCCUCUGCAUCGUCACCUCAGGAGUGCCCACAUUACUGGAUUUUGUGAUCUAAUGGGGAUAGCCGAGCUGGCGCUCUACAUCCUUGGGAAUGCUACUGUGCUCGAGCGUAUGGUAGUUGAUCCAGUGGUACGGAUGGACUAUGGGUACCCAUAUACAGGUCAAUUUUAUUCGGUCAGCAAGGCCCGUAGCAGCCUGGAGGCCGCUAGACCUAGUUUUACUGAGCAGGAGCUACACGACAGGGAGUUUGCGAGGAAACACCUUGACAGAGAGGAGUUUCGUCACAUCCUCACCAUUUUAUGAAUAACAAUGCCAGGGAUUGAUAUACCUUACCUAUGUGAGCGGAUAUUCACAGAUCAGCGUGGUGAAAAUCGACCCGGAAUUCCUUUUUCAUUCUGUUACGAAGCUCUGUGAAGCAUUUUACGGAUCAGUCUGAAGGGCGCCAUGUACAAGGUGAAGUACUAGGGACAGGUAGUGUGUGCGCGCGCUGAAAUUCAGUCGUGUCUAUGUUCUGUGCAAUCUGGUUUAUGCUUUAUUAUAUGAUCACUCUCCAGGCUUGUCCUUGGUAGCACGGAUAGAAGCAGGUGCUACUGAACUUAUAUAGAGUACUCUUUUGUAAAGGAAAUCAGGGAAUCAUUAUCUCUUUCAUCUUAUUGCAUUUGUGUACGAUGCGAUAAAGAACAGUACAUUUCCUUCAUGCCAUUUUCUUGACUCGGUUGUAUCAGGG